GCCAUGUCUGUCUGUGACGACACACUGCUGUGUAAUUACCCAAAGUGUCGGGCCAAGCUGAGUGGCUUCGCCUGGGUCACCGCCUGCUCGCACGUUUUCUGUGACCAGCACGGUUCUGGUGAGUUCAGCCGCUCCCCCGCCAUCUGCCCGGCCUGCUCCUCGGCUCUGUCCGGGAAGCUGGACAUUGUGCGGACAGAGCUUUCGCCCUCUGAGGAGUACAAAGCCAUGGUGCUGGCAGGCCUGCGACCGGAUAUGGUUCUCGACAUCAGUGCCCGCGCUUUGGCCUUCUGGAGCUAUCAGGUCCACCAAGAGCGUUUGUAUCAAGAGUACAGUCUUUCACGAGCUGAUUCACAGCUGAAGCAGAUGGAGAAGGUUUUGACCCAGCAGAACCAGAGCAGAGAACUGGAGCUCACUGCCAUGAAGGGGGAGAUCACCUCUUUAAAGAAAGUGAUGGAGGAGUAUAAGAGGAAGUACAGCGAGGUGUCUGAGAGGCUGAUGGAGAGGAACAGGCAGUACCAGAAGCUGCAGGGGCUUUACGACUCCCUGAGGCUCCGUAACAUGGUGGUGGGUGUGGGAGACAGAGAGGUGCAGCUGCAGCCGGGACAUCAGGACUUCAACACAGAGAUGGCUCGGCAAGUGACCCCUCAGAGAAGCCCUCGGUUCCCCUCCAUCGGCCCUGAAGGAGACAGACGUUUCUUCUCCUGCCUGGAGCCCGACGGAGCCAAAACCUUCUUUCAGUUCAGAUCUCCGGUCAGAGAAAAGUGUCGUCCCUUCAUCAACAAACGCUGA